UUAAUCGAAGUGUUAAUUCUAAUUCUUGGAACCUUUCAAAAAAAGAAAAAAAAAAAAUUCUAAUUCUUGGAAGUCCAGCUUACCUUUUUUUUCUCCUCUGGUUCUUCUUCCUCCCCUCUUCUUCUAUUGUCGCCUCCCUCCCUCUGACUUGCAAAAACAGAAGGAAAGUGAAGCAGAAAUAUGCGAAAACGAACCUUAUACGCAUGGGGAGUGGCGAUUCUCUGCUUCGUAGUACUGAUGAUUGUCACUCCAGCCAUCCCUCAGUCUGAAGAAUACCACGAUUUCGCUGAUAAACGGGAAUUCUUCGGAAUUCCCAAUACUCUGAAUGUGGUUUCAAAUUUCCCUUUCCUUGUUAUUGGUGUUGUUGGACUUGUGCUUUGCUUUCAUGGGAAUUAUUUUAAGCUGAGUCAUUGCUUAAAGAUUUUCUUUUGGACAAUAAAAAGCCUGCAAGGCGAGCUUUGGGGUUGGACUUGUUUUUUUCUUGGCGUGGCUGCUGUUGCUUUUGGCUCUGGAUACUACCAUCUCAAGCCCAAUGAUGCUCGUCUUGUGUGGGAUCGGCUGCCAAUGACUGUUGCAUUCACUUCAAUAAUUGCUAUUUUUAUCAUUGAAAGGAUUGAUGAGAGAAAGGGAACAAUAUCUAUCUUACCUUUAAUUUUGGCUGGUAUUAUAAGCAUUGCAUACUGGAGGUUUUUUGAUGACCUCCGCCCAUAUGCUUUGAUCCAGUUUGUUCCUUGUAUUGCCAUUCCGCUGAUGGCUAUCUUGUUGCCUCCAAUGUAUACACAUUCUGCAUAUUGGCUUUGGGCAGCAGGAUUUUAUCUUUUAGCUAAGGUGGAAGAAGCAACGGAUAAACAAAUAUACAGUUGGACUCAUCAUUUUGUCAGUGGACAUACUCUUAAGCAUUUAUGUGCUGCAAUGGUUCCUGUCUUCUUGACGCUUAUGCUUGCAAAGAGGAGUAUUGAAACAGAGAGGAUAAGUCUGUACAAGAAGUGGAAGAUUUCAUGGACAAAGGUCAAAGAAAAUGGUACAGAGGUGGAAAGUUAUAGUUGUACAUAUACAAGUGUACCUGUUGUGGAAUCAGCAUAAUCUGAGUAUACACACUAAUAGUUUUACUUUGUAUUUUGAUCCUAACAAGUUCACGCUAACCUAAUUGUUAGACAACACUAGAUCAACUUAUAAAAGGUAAAUUUUAUACAUUAUUUCAUGUUCAGCAUGUUUAAUCCAA